AUAAAAAAAACAAAUGAAAAAAAAGUAUUACUCCUCAAGAAACAAAAAAAAAAACGGUUUCUUUUAGUUUGGGUUUGCGACGCACAAAGAAAUUCAGCUCUGCAGAAAUCCACUACUAACUCAUCUCUACUUUGAUCUCUCAUUUUCAAUCUUCCCAAAUCUAACAAGUGGAGUGAUGGUGAAGGCUUACAAACAAGAGCAUGUCUACCAGCAUCCAUGGGAAAGAGUGACAUCUGCAUCUUGGCGCAAAUUUUCUGAUCCAGAGAACAAACGCACUCUCUCUCACAUCCUUGAAGUUGACACUUUGAAUAGGAAGCUUGAACCUGAUACUGGGAAGCUUUACACCACUAGAGCAAUCACAAUCCAUGCUCCUGGACCAUGGUUUAUUCGCAAGAUGGUUGGCCAGGAUAUCUGCCAUUGUGUUGAAUCUACGGUUGUUGAUGCUCAAUCACGUUCAAUGCAACUUAUUACUCGGAAUGUUAGUAUGCAGAAGUUUGUUGAGGUUGAGGAGAAAAUACGGUAUGAUCCUCACCCUGACAAUCCCUCUGCAUGGACUCUCUGCAGACAAGAGACUAGCAUCAGGAUAAAGCCAUUAUCAGCCCUUGCUUCAAUGGCAGAGAAGGUGGAGCAGCGAUGUGUUGAUAAGUUCUUGCAGAACAGUGUCAAGGGCAGAGAGGUUAUGGAGAGAAUGUGUAAGUAUCUUGAAGCUGAAUCUAGUGGAAUGUCCAUUUGAUUCUGCUGUUGAUCUCUUUUGAUUAUAUAUUUGCUAGAACAAGGUUCUGAAUUAUAGACCCUUUUAAGAGGAAAUAGAGAUAGAAUAUUCGAAUAAUGUAUAAGCAUGAGCUUAAAAACUUGAGAGCUUAGAAACUAGAAGUCUUGUUGGACUUGCCUCAAUUUUGGAACCAAUAUACUUUCCCAGUUAAUCUAACAUGAUUAUAUGAGUCAGCAUUCCUGUUA